AUGCAGCUCAUCGCUCAGUCAGAAUGGAUGCAGGACCAGAAGCAAGCCGAGGUGAUGAGCCCCGGCAAGAGCUUUGAGUGGAGCGCGAUUCCCUUUGAUGCGAAUGGGCGCUCGUCUAGUCGAGAUGCUCUUGGGAUCGAUUCCGUGUAUCUCAUGACCCUUCCGACUUCUGGAGCACCUGCUGGCUCCCUCACAUGUUUUGUGGACGUCCUUCGGCCACAGCCUAAUACUCUACGGCUUCUCGAUCGUUGUUAUAUCACGCCUCAAUCCAAACGAGCAUGGAACAAACACACACUGCCUAUUGAUCUAACUUCUGAAACAAUUCAAAGCAGUCUGAGCCGUCGUUUCAAAGACAGGGUGGGGGGCAUAUACACCUUUGGCCAGAUCAACGGUCGUCUUGAGCUCAUCUACGCCCCUGCGUUCGACUUCUGGAAUUCCAAAAAUCCGCCAGCACCCGCCAGGUUGGUAGUACCAGAUAACGCCACAUCUAUUGCAACCGCUAUAAACACUGCUGGUGAUAGCCAUCUGUUGUUCCAGCACCAGAAGGAUGGCUCUUCAGGAACGCGGAUCGUCACUACCGAUUUGGUUGCUCAGGUCACCCAGUUGACUGCCGAGUUCAUUAAUGGGACAACUGCUCUGAAAGCUGGCAACAAUACCCUCUUUACGCAUGUCACCGGUCAGCAAAUGGCACAGAUCACCCAAGACCCUGUUACGCGUGAUUGGGCGUCGGGGUCCAUCCCCCUCCCCGCAACAGAUGUGAACGAUAUCCUUGAGAUCAGUUCCUUCACUACGCGUCUAAGUGUGUUGGAUGACUCUGGCGCCGCCGUGGCAAAGACAGAUAUUCUUCUAACGGCCACAAGCCCUGACAUGUCAGCAAUCUCGUACAAAGCCACCAUUUCGAAUCAGGCCGCAGUGUUACUCAACAUUGACCCGGCUGAGAAGGUCAAGUCCCGGAUUGCAGCAAUUCAGUCUGGCAAUGACCUCAAAAAUGCCGCCAUCACUCGGACUGAUGGCACAACUUCAUCACUCAUUCCUCUUGAUGUCUCUCAAUCUGAUUGUGAUGCUGCUGCCACCGCGAUUCAACAGCUGGUCAAGGUUGCAAGUACUCUUCCCUCUGAUGGAAGCCCUCAUUCAUCUUCCUUUGCGAACGGCGCCAGUGUACAGCCGGCAGCACUAGCACAGAUCUUGAACUUGCAAACACCUCCGCACCAGCCUGAUGCUCGUAUCUCCAUAAUCGAUGCUGUGGUCGCUUCUUCCAAGAACAUCUUUGUCCAAGCUGUGUCCAAGAACUUCGUUAUUCGCGCUGCCAAGGGCGUCUAUGAAGUCCUUGUUUACGUUGGGGAUGCCAUCUACCGUACUGUGCUUGAUUGCGUCUCCGUAGUAUCAUAUGCAGUAGAAUGGGUCUUUACGAAGCUCAAAGUCACCUUUGAUGACCUCAAAGCUUUCCUCGGCUUUGUUUUCAACUGGGCCGAUAUUGUACGCACUCAUAAGGUCAUCAAGAAUGUUGCAACCAAGUAUGCACUCUAUGGUGUCUCACAGAUUGGGGCCGAUAUUCCUGAUCUCCAAGACACUGCAGGUCAAAGCAACAGCAAGGCUUCGGGCACUCUAGGUUCCAGCGAGCCUCAGAACUACUACGCCCAAGAUGAGGCCAAGUCGAAUAUCAGCAUUGCGAAGACCACCGCCACCUCGGUUGAAAUUGCAGGUGGUAGCGACUGGGCUAGUGUUCUCGAAGAGCUGAAAGGAAUAGCUACGGCCGAGAAAGAUAUCGUUAAAAAGAGCCUUGAUCAGAUAAACACCCAGAUCAUUGAUCCAUUUAGCGGCUUAACUCCUCUUGAGAUUGCCAAGAGGCUGAUAGCCAUCAUUGGCAAAAAAGGAUUGGAGACGGCCAAGAAUAUCGUCGUCAAAGCAUUGGGCAUUGUGAAAGACCUCACGAGUGCAGUCAUCAAGGAGUUGAACAAGCCAAUUUCGAUUACCGUCAUAUCUGGGCUAUACAAGUCAAUUGCAGGCGAGGACAGUUCCGGCGACUCUGAUUUACAAAGUGUCACCGGAAACACCCCAUUCCCUAACAACGCCUCCACAGACGCCAUUAUCGAGGCUUCCGAUUUCGCGUCGCUUCGGAAAAUCAGGCUCGGCAACACCAGCGUCUACAAGAACUUCACUAUUAUGGCCGAGUUUGCAGCCAUGGCAGGACUUGGCUUUAGCGUUAUAACCAACGAUGUGAAGAUGCCGUUGAUGGCAGAAGGAAAGCCGCAAAAGGUCCCUGAUAUCAUUAAGCAAGUCAGCAUUCCGAUAAAGCUUAUGGUUCUCAUGCCCAGCUUCAUCCAGCCACGAUCAGAUCAUGACUCCUGGGAGAUCCAGAUGGAUGGUGAGAUGACUGAUCUUGCCUUCUUGAAGGGUUUUCUUGACGCGACAUCGGUUGGAGAGCAGGAGCUAUACGGGAUAGUGUCUCCGUACAUUGACUAUUCUAUCAGCGCUCUAUGGGUCAUUCCAUUCAUUCCAUCUAUUGGAAAGAUGGUCGCCAAUCAUCAGAAGACGAGCUCGUAUCUGUCGUUUACCACUCGCCUUGCCUACGAUGUUGCUGUUAUGACUGGACCUGUUGUCUGGAACCCUGACUUGGAUCCUGAGACCAAGUUGAUUGUUUUGGCUGUAAGCAAUGGCAUUAUCAUUGUAACUGCUGGUAUCAGUGUUGCGACAGGUGGGCUUCUCGAGAACGAUGGCUAG